UUUCUUUGUGGGAUAUGAAUUUUUUAGGCUGUUUAUAGCAUAGGGAAUUUUUCUUUCUUUCUCCCAUGGCAGAUAGUUUCAGCAGGCAAAUUAGUCUAGGUUGUCAUUGUGUGUGGACGUUUUAGCACUCAUACUGCAUUGUCCCAAGAUCUUCUACGUUUCCACUGAGAAAUCCUUUGUUAUUGUAAUAGGGUUUCCUUUUCAGUGGCUUGCUACCUUUCUUUUGCAGCUUCUGUGUACUCAGUGCCUUAACUAAGAUCCGCUGUAUUUCUGGUCUGGUCUCUCUGGUAUUGUGUGUGUUUCUGCUAUUUGUAUGGGUGCAUCUUUCCCUAGUUUGGGGACUUGUUCUAUGACACAGAUGUGAUUGAUGGGGGGGUGGCACAUUCCAGACCCAGCAAGCAGAACUGAAAAGCUUUGGCCACACGGUUCUGGCUUUAGAGUGAAGGAUACAAGAAAGGAGUUAUGGAAUCUCCCUCUCUGACUAAGGAAAGCCACUGAAGCCAGGCUUGGCUCAGAGCGUCCCUGCAUGGAAGCCCAGAUGAGCCACUGCAUGCUACCGUGAAGGGAACGCCAGGAUUGUGUUGGAGACCCCAAGGUGAAGGAGACGCCAGAGCCAUGGGAUACAUGCCAAGGAGAGCUGCAGGCUGGGUAUGAAACCAGCCCAAGAGAGAGAAGUGCAUUGCGGUCAACAAAGCUGACAGGAGUUGGAGGUCUGAAGAGCGCUCUGACAUCAGACAUGCAGAUGCAGUCUUUGGUAUUUGCCCUGUUGUUUUUCUGGUUUUCCUUUGGUUCAGUCUUUCCUCACUGUGCUCCCUUUCCUCCCUUUUAGAAUAAUAGACUGAGAUCUCUACAUGAAGAAGAGGGGCAGAAGGCAGGCUGGAAGACAGAUGUGGGACAGGCGUGCCUGCGGUAGAGCCAGGAGAGGCAAGAAGAGGAAAUCACAACUUUAGAAGUAGACUUAAACACCAGGGAUCUGUCCCAGGACCUGGCUGGCCCAUGCUAAGAAAGGGAGUCACAAAUACAGGACUCUGACACCGUAGAAGGAGACUGUCAUUUGCGCAAGCAGAAGAGAUGUAAUUAAGAGCGUGGAACAAAGAAGAUUGGGCAAAGAAAGCACUGGAGGCACUCACCAGCUCUGGGAAAGGCUGAAAUAUUUAAUACAAUGCUGCACACAGAAGCUGGUGGUGCAGUGUGUGGACAGUUAGUAAAGACUGAAUAGCAUGAAGGACACGACACUGCAUGCACCCUGGUGGCAUGUACAGAUGAGCGCACCCUGGUAGCGUGUGCAGAUGAGCACAGCAUUGUGGCAUAUGCAGAUGAAUGCAGCACGGUGGUGUGUGCAGAUGAGCGCAGCACGGUGAUGUGUGCAGAUGAGUGAAGCACAGUGGUGUGUGCAGAUGAACGCAGCACAGUGGUGUGUGCACAUGAGCGCAGCAUGGAGGUGUAUGCAGAUGAGCGCAGCACGGUGAUGUGUGCAGAUGAGCACACCAUGGUGGCGUAUGCAGAUGAGCGCAGCACGGUGGUGUGUGCACAUGAGCGCAGCAUAGAGGUGUGUGCAUAUGAACGCAGCACAGUGGUGUGUGCACAUGAGCGCAGCACGGUGGUGUGUGCACAUGAGCGCAGCACGGUGGUGUGUGCACAUGAGCGCAGCACGGUGGUGUGUGCACAUGAGCGCAGCACGAUGGUGUGUGCAGAUGAACGCAGCACGGUGAUGUGUGCAGAUGAAUGCAGCACGGUGAUGUGUGCACAUGAGCACAGCAUGGAGGUGUGUGCACAUGAGCGCAGCAUGGAGGUGUGUGCAGAUGAGCGCAGCACGGUGGUGUGUGCACAUGAGCGCAGCACGGAGAUGUGUGCACAUGAGCGCAGCACAGAGGUGUGUGCAGAUGAGCACAGCAGGGAAUUGUGUGCAGAUGAGCACAGCACGAUGGUGUGUGCACAUGAGCGCAGCACGGUGCUGUGUACAGAUGAACACAGCAUGGUGAUGUGUGCAGAUGAAUGCAGCAUGGUGAUGUGUGCACAUGAGCGCAGCAUGGAGGUGUGUGCACAUGAGCGCAGCAUGGAGGUGUGUGCACAUGAGCGCAGCAUGGAGGUGUGUGCACAUGAGCGCAGCACGGUGGUGUGUGCAGAUGAGCGCAGCAUGAAGGUGUGUGCAGAUGAGCGCAGCAUGGUGGUGUGUGCAGAUGAGCGCAGCAUGGUGGUGUGUACAGAUGAGUGCAGCAUGGUGAUGUGUGCAGAUGAGCGCAGCAUGGUGGUGUGUGCAGAUGAGCGCAGCAUGAAGGUGUGUGCAGAUGAGCGCAGCACGGUGGUGUGUGCACAUGAGCGCAGCACAGUGAUGUGUGCACAUGAGCGCAGCACGGUGGUGUGUGCACAUGAGCGCAGCACGAUGGUGUGUGCAGAUGAACGCAGCACGGUGAUGUGUGCACAUGAGCGCAGCAUGGAGGUGUGUGCACAUGAGCGCAGCAUGUAGGUAUGUGCAGAUGAGCGCAGCACGGUGGUGUGUGCACAUGAGCGCAGCACGGAGAUGUGUGCACAUGAGCGCAGCACGGAGGUGUAUGCAGAUGAGCACAGCAGGGAAUUGUGUGCAGAUGAGCACAGCACGAUGGUGUGUGCACAUGAGCGCAGCACGGUGGUGUGUACAGAUGAACACAGCAUGGAGGUGUGUGCACAUGAGCGCAGCACGGUGGUGUGUGCACAUGAGCACAGCAUGGAGGUGUGUGCACAUGAGCGCAGCACGGUGGUGUGUGCAGAUGAGCGCAGCAUGAAGGUGUGCGCAGAUGAGCGCAGCAUGGAGGUGUGUGCAGAUGAGCGCAGCAUGGAGGUGUGUGCAGAUGAGCGCAGCACGGAGAUGUGUGCACAUGAGCGCAGCACGGAGAUGUGUGCACAUGAGCGCAGCAUGGUGAUGUGUGCACAUGAGCGCAGCAUGGAGGUGUGUGCACAUGAGCGCAGCACGGAGAUGUGUGCACAUGAGCGCAGCACGGAGAUGUGUGCACAUGAGCGCAGCAUGGUGAUGUGUGCACAUGAGCGCAGCAUGGAGGUGUGUGCACAUGAGCGCAGCACGGUGGUGUGUACAGAUGAACACAGCAUGGUGAUGUGUGCAGAUGAGCGCAGCACGGAGAUGUGUGCAGAUGAACGUAGCAUGGUGAUGUGUGUACAUGAGCGCAGCAUGGAGGUGUGUGCACAUGAGUGCAGCACGGUGGUGUGUACACAUGAACACAGCACGGUGAUGUGUGCAGAUGAGCACACCAUGGUGGCGUAUGCAGAUGAGCACAGCAUGGUGGUGUGUGCAGAUGAGCGCAGCACGGUGGUGUGUGCACAUGAGCGCAGCACAGAGAUGUGUGCACAUGAGCGCAGCAUGGUGGUGUGUGCACAUGAACGCAGCAUGGAGGUGUGUGCACAUGAGCGCAGCAUGGUGAUGUGUGCAGAUGAGCGCAGCAUGGUGGUGUGUACAGAUGAGCGCAGCAUGGUGGUGUGUGCAGAUGAGCACAGCAUGGUGAUGUGUGCAGAUAAACACAGCAUAAAGGUGUGUGCAGAUGAGUGCAGCAUGGUGAUGUGUGCACAUAAGUGCAGCAUGGCAGCGUGUGCAGAUGAAUGCAGCAGGGGAUGGAGAAGAAAGAAAGGAGACAGUGAUAGAGUAUCAAAGAACCUCGUGCCAGAGGUGAUACCACACAGAUGCUGGUGAAAGCACAUCAGGUGGAACUGGGCUUGGUAGUGCCUACACCAUUUCUGUUGAUAUCAAGAUGUGUCAUUGGUCACUAAUCAUGUGUCACCUUUCAGUUAACCUUCUGAGUCAUG